CGAUAAUGUGGUAACUCAGAGACGCAUUCAAUUGUCGCUCAUAGUAAAAAGACAAACACUUUGAAGGUGAUACUAAUUUUAUUCUUUUUUCUUUUAACAUCCCAAAAAUAAAAACCUCAGAUUUUGGUUUUAAAUGGAUUCUGUUUUCUCUAGUCUUUAGGGUUAGGUUAAAGCUUUUCUUUGACUAUCUGUUUUGGUUCUGUUUGAUUUUUUCCAUGAAACAGUGACAAAAAAAAAAAAAAGAAACACAAGUUUUUGAGAGAACAAGAUCUGCCCAGAAAUGACAACAUAAUUUUUAUUGUCGUUUUUAAGGCCCUUUUUUUUAUCCGAAAGUUUGCACGGUGAAGAACCCACUUUUGCAAGUUAUUUGUUCUUAGAGAAAAGGCCAAAAGAUCUUACAAAAAAAAAGAUGUCAUCAUCGAACUCUCCUUGCGCGGCGUGCAAGUUCCUUCGUCGAAAAUGCACCCAAGAGUGCGUGUUUGCACCCUAUUUCCCACCCGACAAUCCUCAAAAAUUCGCCAAUGUUCAUAAAGUAUUCGGCGCCAGCAACGUUGCCAAGCUUUUAAACGAAUUGAAUACGUCCCAACGUGAAGAUGCCGUCAACUCGUUAGCCUACGAAGCCGAGGCUCGUCUCCGGGAUCCCGUCUAUGGCUGUGUCGGUCUCAUCUCCAUCUUACAGCAUAAGCUUAAACAAAUGCAACAUGAUCUUAACAAUGCCAAGAAAGAGUUGUCUACUUAUAUUGGUCCUCAAGCAAUGCUUCCUAUAUUACAACCGUCGGUUUUCUUGCAACAACAUGUUGGCAACCCUUCUUCAUCACCUUCUUCCUCCGCUGUUAUGCAACAUAACAUGAUGCCAAUGAUGGGGAUUCCUACAGCGGCGGCGGCGGCGGCUUCGGGGCAGUUAAUGUUAAGGGAACCUCAACAGCAACAGAUUUUCGAGGCUCAGCAACAAUUGGCGGCGGUGAUAGCAGCAAGGGAACAACAAGAGAUGUUUAGAGGGUAUGAACAACAUCAUGGUGGCCAACAGCCUGAGAUUGUGAGGUUUAACAAUGGGUUUGAAGGGUCUGCUUCAGUUACUGCAACUGGGUUCAAUCAGAUAACAACUGCAGCAGCAGUAGCCACCAUGUCACCUUCAUUGGCUUUAGGAAGCUUUGAAAACCCUUACCAGAUUCAAGCACAACAAGAUCAUCACCAUUGUCAUGGAGGCCAUCAUCCACUCCAAGCACAACUUUUACUUCAGCCACAACAAGGGCAACCACCUCAGCAGCAACAACCGCAAAGAUCAGGGAGCGAGGAGGCGAGGAGUAUUGGCCCUUCUUGUUGAUUGAAAAGAAAAACAAAGAAUCCAUCUUUAUUUUUUGCCUGCCUUCCAACAAAUUUUUCAAUCUAGGUAAAAGUUAAAUUAAUUAUCUACCCUUUUUGUUUUAUUAAUUUAUGAUGAAUGCCUAUCCACGAAGGAUUCUUUAGAAAAUACCAGAUACGCUUUUGCAUUUAUGAAGGGGUGUUUUAGAUAGCUUUUUAUGUAUGUUGGGGUUUUUUUUUUCUCCCUUAAUAAAUUUGGGGAAAAUAUCAUUUGAUGGCAGUGGAAAGGAUAGAAUUACUCUUAAUUGUGCAAGGGCAGAAGGUUUGGUAAAGAGAAUUAUUGUCUUUUCACAGAUGAGGGAUAUUCCCAUUUUCAUCAGCUAUAAAUGACAUCCUUAGAUUGACUUGAAA